CUCGUCGGUCUGGACUUGCAUUAUUUGCAGUACGAAGGUUUUGUAAACCCAACCGCAAACCACUUGGGCCUCUUUCAAGUUUAAACCACUCUCUCUCGCCGGACAGGGAGGACCGUUGGGCGCCAUCUCUCAAUCCUCAACCAACCUUGUUUUCCUCCUCUUCUUCUCUCUCCACAACCCUAAAAAUCUCACUCUGUCACUCACUCACAGUCACUCUAUACAAAGGUUUUGAAGAAAUUACAAUACUUGGUGAAAAUGGCGGCUACCCAAUUCAGAGGUGGCGCACUUUCUGGCGGAUUAACCACUAGAGUCAGUGACCAUAUUCCAACAACUAAGAGAGCAAGGUUGUUUAAUUCAUUGAACCAAAGCGAAGCUGGUAAAUUUGGAGCACUAAGUGGUGGGAAGGAUUUGAGCAAUGCCAAUGUUGUGGGGGGCUGUAGUCUGUCUGCUACACACCGAGCACUGUGCUCCCCGCUAUUGACACGUCGCCGAAGACCCUGUUUCCCAGUGGUGGCUAAUCAGUUGAGUUCUGAUGUUGGUGUCGGUUCUUCUGAGGUUAAGGAAAAGUUAGCUUUAGAGGAAGAGCAAGCUCUCAUAAAUGGAGGGAGUGAUGACCUUACCUGUCUAUCGUUGAGCAACAUUCCUAUCAGUCAAACAUAUUCUCCAGAUGUCAAAAGUGAGCUGUUUAUGCUUUCUUUACCUGCAAUGUUGGGUCAGGCCAUUGAUCCCUUAGCACAGCUAAUGGAGACUGCUUACAUUGGUAGAUUGGGUUCUGUGGAGUUGGCUUCAGCUGGUAUUUCAAUGAACAUCUUCAAUUAUAUAUCAAAGCUAUUUAAUAUCCCUCUCCUCAGUGUUGCUACAUCUUUUGUUGCUGAAGAUCUUGCAAAGAGUGAAAGUAUAGCUUCUACUUCAGAAAAUGGUUGGCUAGGAGACAUUACUAAUGGUAAACCCGAACGUACUGAUGGAGUAACUGAGAGAAAGCAGCUAUCUUCAGUGUCUACAGCUUUACUAUUAUCAGUGGGGAUUGGGAUUUUUGAGGCCGUAGCCUUGUCUUUGGGAUCUGGAUUGUUUCUGAAUAUGAUGGCCAUAUCAAUGGUAGGUUCCCUGAUCUAAAAUUAC